AUGGAUUUGAAAGAUCAAUUCGAAUAUGAGGAGGCUCAGAUCGCUCUUGAACAGCGCCAAGUAGAUAUCGACAAAAGACGACUGGAGCUUAAGCGACGCCGGGAAGACAUGUUCCAUCGAACAGAGAUCGACUUGACUGAGGAUAGUGACGAGGAGACGGAAGUACGAAGAGUCCUCGUCAAACAGGAGAUCAAGCGAGAAGAACCCCCUACGAACUCCACAUUGCUUCAACAAGCAGAUGCUACUACUGUUCGUAGCCCCCAACAAGAUGCGGCUACAGACACUACCAAGUCUAUGGCCAAUGCUGGAGCGACGACAGUUGCACCAGCCACUCUGACCGUGACACCAAUGUCCACCAACCCUACCAUUCCACCCGUCGUCGAGCCAUACUGUUUUGUCAAUAUCGCGCCAGCAUUAAUGCAGGGCCGAGAAACUCCGUUCUCUAACAACGCUGUUUUUGCACCGGAUCCUACUGUCCAAACCAUUGUCAAGCCAGCUGAGGUCUCGCAGCCGGCAACUCGAGAACGCAGUAUGGAGCAAUCCAGCUCAGGCGAACGUGACUCUGCGCAAUCAAUGAGUACCUAUGUCACCAUUCCAACAACUACACCCACCUUUGCGUCGAGGCGCCGAAAUCGCCGAGCCAAGCCGCCUUGUGGGAUUGUGCAUGAUUAUUGGAUUCUCUUGAAGAGGUACUUCAGGGACGACGCUGGUCUCGAAAUGCGACAAGCUUCUGCUUUUGAAAAGCUCACCCAUCUUUACUCGCUGAGACUCGGCAAAGGCCCUUCUGCUGAUACCCCAGCGAUAUUGCACCAAAGAUUCGAUAAAAUAGUUGAGGAGCUUGACGGAGGUGGUGCCGAGGCAUGGCCACUUCUGCCUCACAAACUCAAGUGGAUUUCAUCGUUCUCCCUGGUCUGGUGGCCUGCCUGCAAGAGCAUCCCAAGGCAAGCCGAACGUGAGAGACUGCUCGACAAAGUGAUUCGAGACAUCAAAGAGCAUAAAUACAACGAGGAGGAAGCGAACGAGCUGCGCAUCACGCCAGUCGCAACGCUUUUCAGACGGAAACCACAGUCACAGCCAAGUGAAGAGGAUUAG